UAACCUCCAGACCACAGACGAGAAUCAAAGCAAACAAAAAUCUGGAAUCCAUCGCGCAACAAUUAGAAUGAUGGUGGUAUUCUCGUGUUCUUAUAGAGUGAAUGCUUCCGGUGAGCUUUAUUUCGCGCAUGCGCACAGGGUCAACGUUCCGACGCACGCGCGGGAAAGGCGCAUUGUCAUGGAGUUUCAGAUCCCUCUGUCCCGCGAGGACCUUCUCCGGCCGUCGGGAGGCUCCCAGUUCUUCGUAUCAGAGCCUCUCCCAGCCAGAGAGACUGUGUCUCGACUAGAAGAAUGCAGGUCACUGCUGGACUCUAGUGUCGUUGCCUCCAUUCCCGAGUGUUUCCCUGUCUUCUUCAGUCUUCUACAGAAUUUCCUGAGUGUUGGUGUGUCAGUGAGAGAGAGUUACUGGAGGAUUGGGGUCAGGGGGCUGGAGGGGGUGUGUCACCAAGUGGGCGGGGCUAAUUUCACCGGUAUGACACAGACAAAGAAGACGGAACUGAGGAAUGCACUUAAG